AUGGGACGGCGUCCUAACCCGCUGAUGGCGGAGUUCUUUGUACGCGGUGCCAAGAUCGGUGAUUCCUCAAACCGUUAUGAACAGAACUGCCGACGAUGUGGAGAGCACUUUGCUCGAGGCCGCAGCGAGGCUAUGGUCACUCAUUUGACCAAAAAGUGUCCAGCUCUAUCUCACGCGGAGCGUACCAAGAUCAUCUUGCGUCUUCACGAUAUCUCCGUCCCAGAUGUCCACCCUUACAUCGACCCGACCUUUGACCCUAAGGCGACAGAGAACAACGAAAGAGCAGCGGAACAAGACAAGAACGAUAACAAUGUCACGUUGCCCUUUGGUCAGAACAGACAGAAUUUUGACGGCUUGAAUGUUCUUGCUGAGGCUUCUCGUCGCGUCGAUAGUAACGCACGAGGUAACAUCGGUACCGCCUCUCAAGAUCCGAAUGGACUCCGCAACCGAAUUUCUCGGCAACAGGAGGACGCAGCACUUGAUCCUCAGCUUCAGGCAGGCGCCUUUACUCACCCUCUCUUGCAUGAUGAUGGUACGGAAGUUCAAGGCAACGCCUUCCACACCAGUACGCCCGAAAGCCUUCCGUCACUCUACCAAUACGUAGGUAGUCUACCUCCAGCUCCCCAAGGUGGUCUGGUUGGGCUACCACUUGUCAGCACCCAUCCGCAGGAUCUCUCAACAAUUGCGGCUACCGCCAAUGCGACAAUCGCCAAUGGCUCUAUUAUGGACACCGAUAUGGAUAUGUCAGAUGAUGUCUCUUCCGCCCUUCUUGGGGACCUUCAUGAUCACGGGUUUCCUUCCCAGGGUCGACAGUCAUAUCCCUGGCCAGCAAUGCUUGGAACGCAGCCAAUGGAGCCACUGACCAUGUCCACUCCGGCGCAGCCUAUGCAUGCACCAGAUCUGGCGUCUAUUUCUUCAAGGGCAAUAGACGGUUUACCCUCACAGAAUGUGGAGUCUAUGGGCCGACAUCUCAGACCGAUUGCAAUGAAUCCGAAUAGCCAACCAGCUCAGCUCUCUGACCAUGCAGGUGCGCACUCACAAGCGCCGAAGCCUAAGGUCCGUGGCAGGUUUGCUCCCGACCGCCGCAAGGAAGUGCGCGAGCUUCGAAAGGUCGGCGCGUGUAUGCGAUGCCGCAUGCUUAAGAAGACAUGCUCUCAGGAGACACCGUGCCAGACCUGUGCUGCUGUUGAAAGUCCUCGCCUAUGGAAAAAUUCGUGUGUACGUACCAAACUUAGCGAAGCCUUUCCACUCUACUUUCUUGGGCUACAUUGGGUCAUUGCCUAUCACGAAGUCAACACGUUGAAGACUCAAGUCUCUUUUACGCCUUUUUCGGGGAGGAUCGACUGUGCCCACUUCAUGGAUCAGAAGCUCGUACUAAAGGGUCUUCAACAAAAGAACACAAAGCGGGCUCCCGUCAGCGAUGGUAAUCAACAACCCUCAGGCAAUGAAGUUAUUGUCGUUGCGGAUCUUGAAGCGGACAAUCUACUACCGAAGGUCGAACGAUAUCUUCAGGCAACCUGUCAAAAAUUCGUGGAUCAAGAAUCAUCUCCUGUCAUGCGAGCAAGUCUCCAGAUUGCCCAAGCCAUCAAGCAACAGCAACAAGGCAGCGGGGCUAUUAACAAGCAUGAUAAUCUUGUCUCAGAUGUCAUCGAAUUAUGGACGGCAACGUCAAUUCUCAUCGAUGAUAAAAUGGAGGCUCACUUCGCGACAGACACCGGGUUUGACGAUGGACGAGCUUUGAUCAAUGAGACGACGAUGCCCAUCUCUUAUCGCGUGUUGAGUCUACAGUUUCGAGCGGCGAUCGAGAGGCGUGCCAUCACCGUGUGCAAAAGUGUCAUGAACCACUUCGAACAGCGAGUCUUGUCUCGCCUCAAGAGCAACAGUUUCGAAACAUUCUUGAUUGCAUUCAUCUUGCUCAACUCUGUGGAGCGCGUGUGCUGGUUGUUCCGACGUUGGGAUUCCCGCAGUCAGGAGGUGAAGUGGCCCCUGGACCAAAAACCAGCAUACUAUGCAAAAAUGGGCGAGGGGUUUGCGCAGACAAUCCAAAUGCUGCUAAACAUGCGACAAUUAGAGCCCAAAAUCAUGGUCGACCCUCAUUCAGACUCAAUUGUUGCUUGCAACACUGAAGACACUGCUCUUGUUGAAUGGAUUUCAGCCGUGGGAUUCACGGCGGACCUCGCAGCGCACUUUGGACUUGCCAUGUUCGACCCAGAAGACAACAGAUCCAUGGAUGGAGUUUUGUCCGCGCGAUUGCUCCAGCCCCAAGGUCAUGCGGAUUGA